GUCUGGCCCCAAAAAUCCGUGUAGACCACGCAAAUCAGUCGAUAAGGCAGGUUUUCAAAUGGCAUUUGAUAGGUUUUGCAUCUUGACAAGCAAAAAGACUCAGUUUUGCAGUAAAAGUUGCCAAUGUCCAUCGUGUCCCUGAGUGACGACACUCGCACCACGUGCCGCGCAUCGUCCACACUGGACCGCAACAAGCAGCUCUAUGGUGCUGCAAAUAUGCUUUCGUCCGAUCUAUCAAGUUGCUGGAACUCAGCGCAAGGCAGUCCGCAACAGGUGCAGGUGCUUUUCAACCGCGUGGUGAACAUUUCCGCUUUAUGCAUCAUGUUCCAAGGGGGUUUCGUGGGUCAGGACGUCCAAGUGCACGUGAAGGAAGCUGGAGGCAGCGUUCAAUGGGAAGAAGUCGAUGUGGAUGUGGAUCCGGAAGACUCGAACGACUUGCAGGAGUUUCCAUGCAAGUUGCAACAAGUGGAAGCGAUUGCACUCACUUUCCAACGCAGCACCGAUUUCUUCGGUCGCGUUGUGAUUUACCGAUUGCAAGUGCAAGGAAUUGAAACUGAGUAGGCAAGUUUGCCACUGGCAACAAUAGAUUCAGUUGCCAAUGCAAUCCGUAAAUUACUGCCAGUUCAACGUAGUAUCGAUAUGAAAAUAACGACUUUUGACUGGAUUAACGAUUAAACUACGUAACUUACAUGCAUCUCA